UCAGUCCGUUGAGACUUGGCGGCUCUAUGUGUUUUGUUAAUUGAGUUUGAACCCUCGCCUCUCGUCCUGUGAUAACAGCUUUGGAUGUUCAAUGUUAUUAUCCUUUUAAAAUAGCGUCCUACCACCGCCCUCCACCCUACCCUUCGUCUUCUGGGACCCAGAGCGCGUGCGAGUAGUGAGACUGAGAGGAGUUAUAAGUUGGCGAAGAAAAGGUAUGGCGACCAAGCAGAAAACCGGUGGAAUGAAUGAACCGCAGAAAGCAGACGAUGAAGUUCAGGGAUAUGUUGAUCAGGUGAAAUCCAGUGUAGAAGAGGCCAUUGGUAGAAAAGUGGAGAAGUUUGAGGCCAAGCUGUAUGCAUCUCAGCUUGUCAAUGGUAUCAACUAUUUUGUUAAGGUUGAUACUGGUGAUGGCAAGUUUGUUCAUGUACGUCUGCAUAAGACAUUCCAAGGAGAAGUCACAUUCAACAGCUGCCAAGAUGGAAAGACUGAGACUGAAGAACUGAAGUACUUCUAAAUAUCAAUUUCAGUCUCAAUGUAAAUCAUGAAAUAUUCUUCAAAUGAGAAAAGAUUGGUUUUCUGUUUUGAACCCAAGGUUGACAGAAAAAGAUUUAGCCUGCAAAUUAAACUGGAUAUAUUAAGUCACGGGAUGAUCUGCAUAUACAUGUAGCAGUGUUGUAGUCGAGUACCUCACCCACAGAUUCUGUAUCUUGAUUGGCCGAGAGUGAGUCACAUGGCAUUCACUAUUUUUGCUAUCUUACUGUGCACAGCCAAAAAGACGCAUAGUAUUGUGUGCAAAUGCAUACGGGUGUGUGUGUAGGCACGUAUUGUUUCUAAGCGCUAGCACUACAGAGCUGGGUUCAAACAUUCCGUGAAGGGGGUGCUUUGGAAAACUUCAAGUAAAUUUUCAACUAAUUUGGUAUUAAAAAGAAAUACAUUUGAAUUGUAUUUAGAUUAAAUUAAUCAGUUCUCUCUUUAAAUCAAGCAGAAUCUGUGGGUGAGGUGUUUUAAACAAAUAUUGACUGUUUUUACCCGUGGUAUAGUAAAAAUAGCCUCCCUCUGUGAUCUUUAGAGCAUACCGGUACAAUUUUCCUUUGGCUUCGCCUCAGGAAAAAUAAAAUGCUUCAUGGAUCACCUUGGGAAGCUAGUUUUACUACACCACUCGAAGCAGUCAAUACUUGUGUACUGUUACACGUCCUAACAAGUCCAUCACAAGUACCCGAGUCCCAAGUCAAGUCACAAGUUCUUCAAAUGAACUAUGCAAGAGAAAUUUCAUUGCUAAAGAUCAUCCUGUGCUACUUGUGAACAGACUUGUGGUGGAAUACAACAUGGCUAUGCAUCAUUACUUUUUUUGAAUGUAUGUUUAGACAAAUGUGCUUCAUUUGUUUUGGUUUUUUAAGUAAACAUGAAAUAAUGGACUGAUCAAUGCAGCCCUGCUCAAUGAUGUUUUUACGAAUCCAACAUUUUAUUUCUUAUGAAAUUCAAACGUGCAUUAGUCUUGGUCCAUAACAUUAGUGAUCGAUAAUGGACUUCCACUGCACAGAUGAUUUAGUGAACCCUCCAAUUACUGGUUAUGACAAUCCUUUUUACUUCUGCUCACAUCUUGGGAAUCGUGCAUUCAUAUUUAAUUAUAGGCAAAUAGUAAACACGAGGUGCAUUAUUAAUUACAUGGAGCAACACGGCAGUUUCAGGGAUGCAAAUCAUAUUUAAAUUCAAUAUUUUUUAGAAAUUGAAUGUGAAAUUGCUAAAAAUUAUUGUCAGUAUUGUUGUGUACUACUGCCGGUGUAUCUCUUCACAAUUAUGAUUCCUACCAAAGGAAGUUUGAAAAUUAUGUUUUGUCAGGUGUUAAGCAGAUGUGCAGACAAUGUCACUGCUGUUGGACAUGUUGCGUACCUUAAACAUGUACCUCAUGGCAAUAUGUGUGAUUGGGGUUUAAUGAAAUCCACGUUUUAUCACUAGCGUCUUGAACCAAGACAAGACAUGCAUUGGCUUGUGACCUACUGGAACAUGCGGUUUGGCUGCAUGUGUUGUUGCCCAUUGUCAUUAUGAAUAGGAUGAAAAUGGAGACAAAUCCGAACUUUAUUGAAAUGUACUAAAUUAACCUGUAUUUUGUUUACCGUAAUAAAACAUAUUUUCCAUUGCA